AGAUGUCACGUUCUGAAUUUCUCACUUAUUCAAAGUCAACUAGACAAUAUAGAAUCUUGAGAUUCAGAAUUUCUAUCCAUUCCUAAUCCACCUUCCCUUUAAAUUAAACCAAGUAGCCAAAAUAUUAGAAAGGGUCUUCCAAAAAUCUCUUCUUUAAUCAUCUUGAAUGGGAGCUGGUGCUCCAAAUCCUCUGUACAGUGAAUAUUCUAUCCUAAACAGCUUGAAAAUGGUGCCACUUUUACUGUUUUAUGCAUUUUCUGUUUUGGUUCAGGGUUAUAAUGCUGAAUUAACCUUGCACCCAAAAACUCAAUUUCUCUUCCCUGAAGGAAAAUCUUUAGUCUUGCCUGAACCAUCAGAUUACUUUUCUAGUCAGCUUGUAUCCACUCCUUUGCCCACUAAUUCAUUUUUUCAAAAUUUUGUACUCAAGAAUGGUGAUCAGCCCGAGUAUAUUCAACCUUAUCUUAUUCGCUCUGCUAACUCCUCCAUUUCUUUUUCUUAUCCAUCUCAGAACAUUUCCUCUGAUUUCAUUGAACAGAUUUUUCGCCCUGAUUUGACUAUAUCUGCUUCCAAGAAUCCUAAGCCAAAUCAGCGCCAUGUAAUCUCAUCAUACAGUGAUCUUAGUGUUACUUUGGACUUGCCUUCGAGUAACCUUAGAUUCUUUCUUGUAAGAGGUAGUCCUUAUUUGACUUUUGCUGUCAAUGGGAACACUUCAAUUUCAAUCUCAACCGCUGAUCCAAUUCGCAAGCUCUCGUGUGAUAGUUCUUUUACUAAGUACACUAUCAGACUCCGGAAUCGUCAAACCUGGAUCCUAUAUGCGUCUGCUCCGAUUCAUUUGACUGAUAAUGUAUCCACCAUUAAGUCUGGUGGGUUCUCGGGUGUUAUUCGGAUUGCUCUCUUGGCUGAUUCUGAUUCCCAAUUUGAGAAAAUACUUGAUAAGUGUAGCUUGACUUAUCCUGUUUCGGGAAGUGCCAUUUUGGGGUCUUUUGCUCUCAAGUAUAAGUGGGAUGUGAAGGGUGCAGGGAAGUUGCUUAUGCUUGCUCACCCCCUCCAUCUUCGACUUCUUUCAAAAGCAGAUGCUUCAGUAACUGUGCUGGAGGAUGUCAAGUACAGUAGCAUGGAUGGUGAGCUUGUUGGUGUAAUUGGAGAUACAUGGGAUCUUGAAGCAGAGUCAAUCCCAGUAUCAUGGCAUUCGAUUAAAGGUUUGAAUAAAAAAUCAAUCCCUGAAAUUAUUCGUGCACUUGGUAACGAUGUUAAGACUUUGAAUGCAUCAAACAUAUCUGCUACAUCGUCUUACUUUUAUGGGAAAUUGGUUGCUAGAGCAGCAAGAUUGGCAUUGAUUGCAGAAGAGGUUUCUUAUCCUAAGAUAACACCAGUAGUUGUUCAAUUCUUGAAGGAUAUGAUAGAACCUUGGUUAAACGGAACAUUUGGUGCCAAUGGCUUCUUCUAUGACAAGAAAUGGGGUGGACUUGUGACUAAACAUGGGUUAAAUGACACAACAGGUGAUUUUGGUUUUGGAAUUUACAAUGAUCAUCAUUUUCAUUUGGGAUACUAUAUAUAUGGCAUUUCAGUGCUUACAAGAUUUGAUCCUGCAUGGGGAAAGCAGUACAAGAGUCAAGCCUAUUCUUUAGUGGAAGACUACACGAACUUGGGACCGAAGGAGAACCAGCAUUACACGCGUCUUAGGUGUUUUGACUUAUGGAAGCUACAUUCUUGGGCUGCAGGGCUGACUGAAUUUCCAUUUGGAAGAAACCAAGAGAGCACAAGUGAAGCAAUUAAUGCAUAUUAUUCAGCAGCACUGAUGGGAUCCGCGUAUGGAGAUGCAGAUCUUGUUUCGCUUGGCUCCACUCUAGCAGCCUUUGAAAUUCAGUCAGCACAGACUUGGUGGCAUGUAAAAGGAGACAACAAAAUAUAUGCACCAAGAUUUGUCAAGAACAAUAAGGUUGUUGGUAUAUUAUGGUCUAGAAAAAGAGACAGCAUUCUCUGGUUUGCACCAGCUGAGAGGAAAGACAUUAGGCUGGGGAUUCAAGUUCUACCAAUAUUGCCAAUCACUGAGGUUGUGUUUUCUGAUGUUGAUUAUGUGAAGGAGCUCGUAAAAUGGGCACUCACUAGUGUACCCAAAAACAGAACUGAGGAAGGAUGGAAAGGAUUUGUUUAUGCCUUGGAAGCAAUUUAUAAGCAGAAGCAAGCUCUAAAUGAAGUGAGGGACCUUAGCAGUCAUGAUGAUGGAAAUUCACUCUCAAAUCUUUUGUGGUGGAUUCAUAGCAGAAAAUGAUCAGCUUUAAACUUGAGAAGUUCACUAAUUAUGCUUGUUAGAUUGUUUAUUCUUGAUGGAUUAAACAUUUCCAUUUGUUAACUUCAUACCAAUGUGUUUAAUAACCAAUAUGUCACAAAGUUCAUGUUUUUACACUGGACCAUUGCUUGAAGCUCUUUUACAUGAACAAAUAUGCACCAUGAUCAAUGGAGUUGCUAAGUAGAA